AUGAUUUCACCCCCUUCUGAUAAGAGUCAUUCGCUCACGGAAAGAGGAUCAAGUUUGAAUCGUUUCCAAUUCACCAAAUUCAAUAAGGAUCAGAGCAAAGACAAUACAGAUACCGGCCUCAUUUCACCCGUGUCUCCCCCUAAUUCAGAAAGUAACCUGGAGAACAUGGCUUCACAUUUGAAAGGCUUAAGUCUGUCGCAGACAGAGGAAAGUAGCAAUAACUAUGAUGAGAACUGUUCAGUAUCCUCAGGUCAAGGGAAAGCAGCUGAUUCCAAAAGGAAAGCCAGUUUUGGUAGUUGUGCCAAUGUUGAUCAAUCCUCUAUGUCAUCAGAAGAUUCCAAUGGUUCCGGCUCUAUAAAUUUAAGGAGUCGAGACUCUCUCAUUUUUGAGAGAUUCGUCCAGGAUCCAAUGUUCUCUCCAAGACAUUUUACAUCUGAGAACUACGUUCCUCCCGCAUUGGAUGCUGCAACAGGACUGAUAACUGGAUGUGAACCUGACAAGGACAUCAAUUUGGAGGAGUUCGAGUUUAGUGUUCCGUCCAGAAGAUCCUCCACUGCAAACCUUGAGGCAGCAUUUGCAAAUGGAAAUGCGUCUCGCUCGAGAAUCCCAAGCCGAAGACAAACUCAGUCUAAUUUAACACAGCAGCUGCGCUCGGAUAAUAAACCAUUACUGAGACCAUCACUAAACCAGUCCAUCACUGCACCGCAGCCGACUUUGUCUUCAUUUGGCCGGGCUGAGUCAAUUCACAAAAAUAGCGGCACAAAUUCCUCGAGAGUCCAAAGAAGACCAGAACAGCAAAGGUCAGUUUUCCCUCCUUCACCAUUGCUGAGAGAAAACAAGUCCACGAGCUCUUUCUUCUCGUAUGCUGAUAUGAUCAACCAGGAAGAUCAGGAGUCUACUUUCCCUAUCCGGAGACCAUCAAUAUCGCUUUCAUUUUCGGGUCAUAGGAUGGGUAGAAGUAGUUCUGUCGUGUCUUCAUGCUCUGGAAUGAACUCCCCUCGAUCACCAACAUUUGCAAGGGGUCCAAGGUCUCCUGUCUUCCCGAAGACAAGACGAGACUCCGGUAUUAAUUUUUUUUCUUCAACUUUUGCCCACGCAAGAAACUCGCAUAAUCAAAAAGAACAGCCAUCCGACGCAGAUGAUGUCGACUUGUUGACAAUAAAUGCUCCUCCAACGGAAGCUACCCGAACCUUGAUAGGAUUGUCUAGAAAGAAUUCUGGCUUUUCGAGAAGCAAUCGCUGCUUUGGUAACGGAAGACGUGGACUUGUAGCAGGUCGUUCUCCAUCAAUAUCUUCCAACUUGAGCUCCAGGAGUGGCCACAGAGGCGAAAUAAUAUGUUCUAAUGAUCUUACACCCCUCUCUACUAAGAGUACGAAUGAUUCAUCCAAUUAG